AUGUCUUCUCAAUUGGAAUUCAUUAUGCAAUUGUAUAUGAUGAAUUUGUUGCAACAGCAGCAGCAACAACAACAACAGCAGCAGCAGCAACAACAACAACAAUAUUUUGGACAAAGUCCUGUUAAAUCCAAGGAUUUGCAGCUUGAAACCCAACAGCAGCCGCAGCAAACACAAUCUUUGAAUUUACGCACACAAAAUCGCAAAAAUUCUCAAAACACCUUGUGUAGUAGUAGCCGUAGUAGUAGUCCCAAUAGUAAUUCCAGUCCCUUACCAAUUACAACUAACACUACAACACCUCUCAACUGUUUUCCACAAACCAACCAUCACCUUCAAUCUGCCUUCAAUCCCUUGUCGCCCAUCCUAACAUCAACGACGGCACAGCCUCAACCCAUGACUCAAAUGUUGCUUAAUAAUCUGCCGCCUUUGACACAGUUUAUGUUGAUGCAACAACAGCAGCAGCUGCAACAACAGCAACAGCUGCAGCAGCAGCAGCAGCAACAACAACAUAUAACCACCUCCAAUCUCUUACUAACACCCACUACACCCAACUCCAAUAGCUCCAAUAACUGUUUUAAUACCCCUUUGGCUGCAGACAGUUGUAGCUCAACACAAACUGCCUUGAAUAUGGCCGGUUAUUUGGCCAACAGCAGCAGUUUGGUUAAUCCUUGUGCCGCCGCUCCUGCUCCUCCCCUAUCUGUUUCAGCUUGUGCUUCUCCCUCUUCUCUUUUCUUUCCUUCUGCUUUUCCAGCUCAGAAUCCUUUUAUAGCCGCCUCAUCACAAAAUCAUUUUCUUCAAUCGUCUACAGUGACCUCAACACCCUGCAGUGAUACCACCAAUUCAGCCUUAACACACGAUCAGCCAACAACAGCCGAACAACAACCCAGCAAUUUGGCAUCGAACGUUUCGGCAGUGGGUCAUGAUAACAGUGAUGUUGAAGCCUGCAAUGAUAAUGAUGCUGAUGAUGUACAAAUUUUAAAGACUGAACCCAUCGAGACCAUAAACUUAGAUGAAGAUCCUCAGGUGUUUUCCAGCCUGCACUCGUCUUCGGCCAAUUCGGGCUCCACCACGGGCAAUUCGAAAUUAAUGUGCUCGGGUGUUAUGGCCUUGGAAACUACCUCGGAUUCUAUGGAGGAUUCAACACAAUUGCCUUAUACCCCUGAAAAAUCCUAUUCCCUAAUCAUACCCUCCAUCACCUCCCUAAUGUCCCACAAAGAAUCCCUUAUUUUAGAUGAAGACAAAGCUCAGGUUACCCCCAUGACAUUGAAAAAUGCCAUACUCACGCCACCCUCCAGUGAGCAGUUGGGUCAGACAUUUGAAGCUUCAACACAAAACACCUCUUCCAUGGGUUCUACCUGCUCCACGGGUGUUGAUUCCUUUUUAACCGAGGAGAAUUUAAAACAUUUACGCAAAAACUCUUCGUAUUUGGAGUGCGGCAAUAGUUUGUGCCGCCAAGAGAAUCUAAGAGAACAUUUUCACUGCUUUGAAGAACCCUGCCAGGGUAAGAUUCUUAGUAAGAAAGAUGAUAUAAUACGCCACUUAAAGUGGCAUAAGAAACGCAAAGAAAGUUUGCUCUUAGGUUUUGCCCGUUUCUCCUCAUCGGAUGACUGUGCUCCCGAGUAUGGGGCCGGCUGUGCCCACAACUGGAAGCAAACGCAUUAUCAUUGCAUCUAUCAGGAUUGUCCCAAGGUCUAUGUCAGCACCAGUGAUGUCCAGAUGCAUGCCAACUUUCAUCGCAAGAAUUCGGAAAUCGUGCAAGAGGGUUUUCGCCGUUUCCGGGCCCAUGAGAAUUGUAAAAUCGAAGAGUGUCCCUUCUAUGGCAAGAGAACCUCGCACUAUCAUUGCUGCCGUGAGGGCUGCAAUCAUACCUUCAAGAAUAAGGCUGAUAUGGAUAAACACAAGACUUAUCACAUGAAGGAUCAUCAAUUGAUCCAGGAUGGUUUUAAGAAAAUCUUGAAAACCGAACAAUGUCCCUUUGAGGAUUGCAAAUUCUCCACAGUGUCCAAUCAUAUACAUUGUGUGCGAGAGGGCUGUAAUUUCAUUUUACACUCCAGCACCCAAAUGACCAGCCACAAGCGUAAACAUGAUCGCGCUGAGGUGGAGCAAAACUAUCAGCAGUUUAAGGGUCAAAGGGACUCAAGUGAGGAAGAGUCUCCCAAGCCAGUGGCCAAGAGUGCGGUGAAAACUGAAAGCCGGGCCUCCAGCAGCUGCAGCAGUACCUCAACUCCCUUGUCUUCUUUGUCCGCUGAACAUUUCUUGGCCCGCAAACGUGGCCGUCCACCCAAGAAAAUUCAAUUGCCUGCUGAGACCCAAGACUCCAAACGCAUUAAAUUGGAAAAUACAGCAGAAGCCAAGAACAUCACUUACAGACCUCCCAAGGCCGCCACUCUUACCGUCACCAAUCCCUUUAUGCCGAAUUAUGUUAAUCCCAAUGCGGAUGCCAAUGCUCCCAACAUGCAGUUGACUCACUUAAUGGCUCUCUUUCAAUUGCAAAAUCCUCUCUUCUAUCAAAAUCUCUAUCCAGGAGCGGCUGCCGCCAAUAUGGCCAACAUAUUGGGUGCUGCAGCUGCCAAUAGCUCCAACAAUGCCCCAAACCCCAGCUCUAAAAAUAAGCAGGAUUUAAAUGACAAAACAGAAUUUAAAGAAUGAAACAGUUUAGCUAAAUAGGUCAUAGUACUUAAUGG